AUGAAUAGUGAACUCUUGAUUAUGGAAUCAACAUUAUUUAGUGCUUCUGUGAUUGCUUUGCUAAUUUUCAAAGAGUCCCAGAUUAAUCAAAAGAUAAUUAAAUUACUGUUUUCUUUGGCAAACAUUACGAUAUUUUUAUUAGAAAUAAAGCAUAUAGGAGAUUCUAUUUAUGUUUUAUUAGCUAUUUCUGCCUUUCUUGUGAGUACAUAUUUUUAUAAAGUGUUGAAGAGAGUGAAGGAUGAGAUUCCGCAGAUUCAGGUCUUGAAUACGUAGCUUUCAGAGAAACAAAAUAGAGUGGAGUCGGAAAUAGAAUUGCCAUAAUAGUUGCCAGUGAUUCCAUCGAUUCAUGAAAGCAAUUCCAGCAUGAAUCAAAAUUAGAAUCCUCCCACAACUGAAAAUAAUAGACGACAUAGCAACAUUUCAGGUGAUUAACAGAAUGCUAGACAGGAGUAGGGAAUGAAUUAUUUGGGGGACAACAAAAGGCCUUCAUACUAGUAGAGAAACAAUGGACUUGGAAUUCUAAUUACUCGUUAGCAGAGUGUUGCUUAGAUCUAACCCGACCUGAAUGUGAUUAAGUUUCAAGAUGACUUUGGAGAGAUUAAAUUCGGAAUACUUAAAACCCUUAAGUCAGUUGCUUAUGACUAAUUAGGCAAGGAGGUGGAAGGGAUAUUUCAUACGGAUAGGCCCUUUACAAAAUUAUUAUCAACAGUUGAAUAAACGAAUCAACCCAGAAUGCAGAUUUUGUAUGAGAGUUAAGCGCAGAACCAAUAUGUUGACGACGCUUUAAGAGGAGCAAUCCAAUUAGGGGACAUGGGAUAUGGUGAAAAGAAGGAAAAUAAGUAGAUUACAUGGUAAAAAAUAUUAAAAGCCUUAAUUUUAAUAAUUAUUUUAAAUCUAAAUUUAGUUAUAAUAGAUAACUGGAAUUUGCAAUAAUUGAUCUUAUUUUUUGCCAUUUUGUGGAGACAAAUAUUGCAAUUUAAAAAAUUGAUGGCACACUCAUUGGAAGUGAAGUGUGAGUUAAGAGAAAUCCUGAUUUGGUUUGCUUUGAUCACUCUUCCAAUUUUGAUUGUGUUCGUGAUCAAUAUGCUAGACAAGAGUAUAGGGAAAUAAGUGUUGUAAGUUGCAAGUUGGAUUGCCUUGAUAAUAUCUUCUAAGUACAGUAAGAGUUGCGAGGAGUAUGUAAAUAUCAGUAAUCCUAGAUAUCUUUAUGGUUGCUUAUUUUACAUAUUUGUAUUGACAAUAGUACUCUGUUUUAUUUGA